AUGCCGCGUCAACCUACAGACUCACCCUCAGCCAACCUAUCUGACCUGCCUCCUAUUCCUCCAGCUACCGGGAGAGACGGGCCCAUCUCUGCACGACCUACGGCCUCGAAACCUAGCAGGUUCAGUCAGUUAUUUUCUACCUCUCCCAAGGCGGCAAAGACGGCCUCGACAGACCAGCCUAUAUCACAGCCCCUACCUAUGAUCUCUGUCUCCGGUGCAACCACAGACGGCACCACCAUGGAUUCCGCUCCUAAGACGAUCUUUGAACCCCCUUCCGCCGAGGAUGCUCGACGUAUAGCCCGACAGCAUGCCCAGUUCGGCCCUCUCGGCCACCCUUCUCAUCGAUACGUCUCCAAGCACUACGGGGGCCAAUUUCCUGAACCAGUGAUGGACGAACCCCCUUACUAUUACCUUCUCACAACCUACAUCAGCUACCUUAUCCUAAUAGCAUUCGGACAUGUGCGUGAUUUCUUUGGCAAGCGUUUUCAGAGCGAGAAUUACAGGCAUCUGAAGCCACAGAACGGCUACGCAGCGCUGAACAGCGAUUUUGAUAACUUUUACGUACGCCGUUUGAAGCUAAGAAUCAAUGACUGCUUCGAAAGACCUGUCACGGGUGUGCCGGGAAGGUUUAUUACCUUGAUUGACCGUGUCAGUGAUGACCAUAACCGUCACUUCCGGUUCACUGGUACUUAUACCGACACUUUGAACAUGAGCUCGUAUAACUACCUUGGUUUUGCCCAAUCUGAGGGUCCAUGUGCGGAUGCCGUGGAGGAGACCAUCAGGAAAUACGGAAUAAGUGCCGUCAGCACCAGAAGUGAAGUCGGCACCCAGGACCUUCACCUCGAGGUUGAAGACCUCGUUGCUAAAUUCAAGAUCCUUGUUGUGGUCGAGGGACUCUACUCUAUGGAAGGUUCUUUGUGCAAUCUGCCCGGAAUACUUGCCCUGAAGAAGAAGUACAAGUUUAAUCUCUUCGUCGAUGAGGCACACUCUAUCGGUGCCAUUGGCCCUCGAGGACGCGGAAUCUGCGACUUUUUCGGCAUUGACACGAAGCACGUGGACAUUCUCAUGGGCACCCUUACCAAGUCGUUCGGCGCUAAUGGAGGAUACAUUGCCGCUGACAAGAUAAUAAUCGACAAACUUCGAGCCACCAACCCUGCUGUGUUCUAUGGCGAGACCCCAACGCCCCCAAUUCUCGCUCAGAUCUCUUCGUCUCUGCGGAUCAUCACCGGUGAACUUGUCCCUGGUCAAGGUGAAGAACGGCUUCAGCGAUUGGCUUUCAACUCACGUUAUCUCCGCCUAGGUUUGAAACGACUCGGUUUCAUCGUCUACGGAAAUGAUGAUUCCCCUGUAAUUCCGCUUCUGCUCUUCAACCCCGCAAAAAUGCCUGCUUUCUCACACGAGAUGUUGAAGCGCAAGAUAUCUGUCGUUAUUGUUGGGUACCCUGCUACGCCCCUUGUUUCUUCCCGUGCCAGGUUUUGUGUUUCCGCCGCCCACACCAAGGAUGAUCUUGAUCGAUUACUCGCGGCCUGUGAUGAGAUUGGGAACAUCCUGCAGCUCAAAUUUUCCAGCGGUGUCGCUGGUGGCGCGCUUCCACCGCCAGAUGGCAUGACGCCAGAAAUGGAAGCUGAAUGGUACCGUCAGCAAGCCGCAUCUCCCAAGGGGCCUGCUCCUCCACGGUGGAGAUACGAGGAUGUCAUAGCCAGGGGCGUCCAGGAUACCAAGCGUCCGUUACGGUAG